UACCUGUAAGUAUGGGUACGACCCACUUUUUCUUUUGAACCAAACAGAAAAAAAAGGAAAAGGAAAAAAAAGAAAAAAAGAAGGAAAGAAAGUGGAAUUCACUUUCAGAGCCCGAAGUUCAAAAAAAUUCACGGCCUUUGUCAGAGAUCUUUCAAAAUUCUCAAAUUCUUGUUUCGAUUUUUCCUCUUCGAAUCCCUCCAAAGUCCACGAAAAACAAUUCUUUUUCUCAGUGCUUUUCAUUUUUCGUUUCGUUUUUUCUCCGUUUGAUUCCGGCGAGAUUCGAAUUCGCAUUUUUUUCGGUUCAGGGCGGAACGACGUCGUUUCGGUUCUGGGUUUGAAAUCCGUGGACUCGGUUUUGAAAAACACUUCUGCUCCCGAAUUUCUCGCUCCGUGAUGUGGUUUCCUCCACUGUUGCAUCAUUCGUUUUGCUUGGACUAGUUGAGGUAGUUCAUUACAGUUAUGGGCGGCGGUGGCGGUGGAGCAGGGACAGUGGAGGUGAUAAGUAGCAAAGGGUGUUCAAGGCUCUUGGUGGGGAUUUCGUCUUCAUUGCCGCCGAUGAGAGGUCUCAAGACAUUUGAGCCAAUGUCUCCGGCUUCAUCGUCUGUGGGUCGAUCCAAUGGCCCUUUUUCUGGGCUCGUGAUAUGCGUCACAGGUCUCUCCAAAGAAGCAAGGAAACAAGUGAUGGACGCCACCGAGCGAUUAGGUGGCCAAUACAGUUCUAAUUUGCAUCCUCAAUGCACCCAUCUGGUGGUCCAAAGCUUUGGUGGACGCAAGUUAGACCAUGCUCUGAAGCAUGGAUCAAAAAAUGGUCUUUUUGUUGUUACACUUGGAUGGUUUGUAGAUAGCGUUCGAAGGAACGUCAGAUUGAGCGAAUCCCUUUAUUAUGUUAAGAAUGUGGGAGAAAAUGGUGUACGCAUGGAUGAAUUGAAUCGCCUCAUUGGUUUUUCUGGUGCUGAAAAUUCUUGCCUUCCUGCUGGUAUUUUUGAAAAUGCCAAGCAAUCUGUCAUGACCGAGGACCCACAUUUGUGGUUCUCUGGGAGAGAGUCUAAAAGAAGUGUGGACUCAACACUAUCUGGUCACUCAAUGUUCAUUGAUUCAGAUAUCUCAGCUGAGCUGCGGAAUAAGGUUGUUGAGGCUGCUGCAAGAGGAGGUGCCAUGCUAGUAGACCAAUGGUUUGUUGGUUGCAAUGCGAAUUAUGUUGUGUGUGAAGGGCCUUCUAUACAAAGAUAUCUUGGGCAUUCCAACAAUCUUGUUACACCACUGUGGAUUCUGAAAACGGCAAAGGAGAGAUAUGCACAAAGGCUUGUUCACAUGUCUGCUGAUUUGGCUAGGCAGGUUGGAAUGGUGCUUGAAAAUGUUCAAAACGGAAUUGAAUUGGAGGAAAUGAACAGGGAAAAUGGUCCUCAAGACACUCCCUGUCCUAGAAAGAAAGCAAGCCACGAAGAAAGGCAAGAGAUUGUGAGUUUAGCAAAAGCAGGGGUUAGAAACCGCCGUGCUCGGUAUAUGCAGACAUGUCAAACCCCAAUUCGUCCAAUAAACCCAAGCAGCCUUCUCGAUUCAAUCUGCUGGUCAAUAUCUGAGCCAACCUCAACUGCUUCUAUUUACACAGAAUCAUCCAGUGUAGGAGAUGUUAGCGAACACCAAACAUCCGUAUUCUUUGAUGCCAAAGGAGAUGGCAAAGAGUCAGAAGCCUCUUUUGCAAACUUCUCCCGGCUACUUACAGAAAGCGAGAAAGCUGAGCUAAUAUUCAAAGGCCACUUCCUUACUAUACUGCUCCCCGUCGAUAGAUUUGCUGAGAUGGGUCCUUCUUCAAGAACCUUUUUCAGCAGUAAAGGUUUUACCUGUCUGCAGGUGUUGGACCAUAUCCAUGCAUUUUAUCAGGAGAACAUGACGCUUCAUGAAAUAGAAGCUGCCAUUCAUACUGACUCGAGGCAUGCUGACAGACUCCGAUCAGUGUAUUCAAGCAAGGAGACAGGGGAGAGAGGUUAUGCAAUUUUCAAACGCAUCGAUUUCUUAGGCAGUCGUAAGAGUUUUGAAAUGUUGAAACGGGUGAGUGGUGAUAACAAUAAUAAUGUAUACGAACUGGUGAUUAGAGCGUAAGAUUCUGUAAUUAUCGAGAGAUCCCAGUUGUGAAAGACACGAAUAUUGAGUCAAUAUUUCUAGGAAGAUUGGAACAGUUUCCUACUUUGUGUGAUUGUUAUAUAGCAGCUAUACCUGUUGCUUUCA